AUGUUUAAACCAGAACGUAAAGGUGAAACGAAAGAGAGUGAUCAAAUAAGUUGUUUACAACACCUUCCAUGCACUUACAUCCCUUUACCGUUUACUUUGUCGUUUUUAACUUACGCUUGUGAGCAACAGCGACCUUCUGGAAGCACUUGGAACAGAAUCAAAAAUAUUGUGCAUGGAAUGCAGAGAAAUACCAAAAAAAUGGUUCAUUUAUGUAUUAGUCCUUCCGCUGAAUCGAUAUGUGAUUGCUUGAGGAGAUCCUACGUGUGGGCACCUGGCUCGCUAGAUGCUCAAAAUCACCCCGUCCUAUUUUUUCCGGAUAUUACUGAAGACAGUCUACCAUUCCCAGUUUUAGAUUUAUUGCUUGAUUACUUUUUUCAAUCCUUUUGUCGCCAUGUUUUUGCCAUCGAUCGUCGCAGAUGUGGGUGGGUUUCAGUGAGGAUGCUUCUAAUGCAUUUAAAUCUCAACUAUAUAGAUCAGAUUGAGUAUGUUAUUGUCCUGCGACCGCAAGGUUUUUUUCAACGCAUCGCUUCAGACAAAUUUGUCACAGGGAUUUACAACGAUGUCCUAUACUCUCUUCAUCUGAUUGAUGAACCAAAGGAACUUUUUGAAUUCAUCUCUCCAACUCAAAUCCCAUCAUUGCUCGGUGGUGAUUUAUCGUUCGAUAUUUCAUCCUGGGUGAAUUUCCAAAUUUCCAUAUUUUACUAUUCAAUCAUAGUCUUUUUGCAUAAACCACAGUCGAAUAGCAUUGUUUGUGACAGUUCAACUCUCGAAACAUCGUGCGUAAUUGUGUUUAUUUACUACCCACGAUUGCAAGGCCCCACUCACUCUAAUGCUCCCUUCAAAUGUAAUUCACGCAUUAAGAAAAAUUAUCUAAGGAGAAGUAAUUGCACUACUUUCCUGACAAAAGUGAACUCGUUCCGUGCUUUGCUCACCACUUUGGCUAAUCACUCAAAGGCGAAAAUAUGCCUUUUUACCUACCAAACACAGUUUUUUUCAUGGUGUGGUUUGGGUGCGAUCAAAUUAGUUGAAGUCUGGCUUUUUAAUCUGAUCACUUGUAAUGUUCCAAAUCCAACAUUCAAAGGUCAAAGGUGUUCUCAUAAACCAUUGAAUGGUUAUUCUGUUGGAGUCGCAAAUGAUUAUCAACCGGUUGUUAUUUGUAAUAAUAACUGCUUUAUGGCAAGCCCGUACAUCGCGGAUCGCACAAUAGCUCUACGUUUCUUUUGUGUGUAUGGAGAAGGUUUAGUGAGAAACUUAAUUGUUUGA